AUGUCGCCCAAAACACAAGAGCCGCAGGUCAUCUCCAUCACAGAUCUACAUCCUGCACAGGCGAAAUGGGUUUCGCUCAAGAAAGUUGAUUUCAUAGACCAGACGGGCACUGCUCGCACCUGGGAGGUUGCCGUUCGCAAGACAACUCCCAAGGCUGGCGUUGACGCCGUGGCCAUGGGUAACAUCUUCAUGCAUCCUUCUAAGCCGCCGAGCACCUUGCUGGUCCUCCAGUAUCGGCCGCCGAUUGGCAAAUACACUGUUGAAUGGCCCGCUGGAUUGGUUGACGAGCACGAGACGCCAGAGGAAGCUGCGGUCCGAGAAAUGAAGGAAGAAACCGGAUACGACGGAAAGGUCUUUGACGUAUCGCCUGUUUUAGCAAGUGAUCCUGGAAUGACAAAUUCCACGAUCAAGCUGGUGAUGGUGGAAGUGAAGCUGAGCGGCGAAGAAGAUUUUAUGCCAGAACAAAGACUAGAUGAUGGGGAGUUGAUCGAAAGGGUGAUGGUGCCGUUGGACGAACUUUAUGAGAGGUUGAUGAAGUGGGCCAACCAGGACAACUACAUGGUUGCGGCAAAGCUGUUCUACUUCGCGGCAGGUGUGAAUUUUGCGAAGAAGGGAGGCUAUAUCUGA